GCUCUAUAAGAAAAAUAUUUCAAGAAAAGAAGGUUCUUUAAGAAAAAAACAUUUCAAAAAAAAUACACAAAACACUCUAUAUGAAAAGGGUCCACAAGAAAAAAAUAUUUCAAGAAAAGAAGGUUCUUCAAAAAAAAUACAUUUCAAAAAGAAAAAAAAUACACAAGGCAGAGGGCUUCACAAGAAAAUAAACAUUUCAAGAGGAGAAAAUAUACAAGGCACCCAAACGGGAGAAAGACACAAAGUGGAAAAUUCUCAAAAAAGAAUCACCUACCCAAAGUCAUGUUGCGUGGUAUUCUUGCUUGGUGUCUUGUUUGGUGUUUUUGCAACUGGUGAUGUUUUUAUUUAUACUGCUGCUGAUCGACCUCAACCAAUCAAAUUAUUGUUGAUAUAA